AUGGGGGACGAUCUUGCAAGGCUGUACCGGUUGGACGGGGUUGCUCAUAUAGUCGGGGUCAUCAACGACGAGCCACAGCGAUGUAUCAGGAGCAUGCGGCGGCAACAAGGCAUGCCACUCGAUGAGCGCUAUGUUCCCUACUUGCAGAUGGCCGGGUUAUACCAUCUGGCUAGGCUGAACGAUAGAUGGUUCCGGUUAGAUGAGCCCCUUGACGUGGCGUACCAGUUGGGGUUGGCAGUGGACGGGCGUUAUGUCAGCGGUUGCCUUACAGAUUUUCAUAUGUAUAUCGAGGGUGGACAUCCAGCUUGGGUGUGGUUCAAGAAGUUGCUUGGAGUGAUUCCUCCUCCAAGCCAGGUUCAGAAGUUCGCAAUAAAUUGCACCUGGUUCCAGGAGACUUUCGGAGAGUGCCCUGAGGGAGCCGAUGAGGAGACUGUGCGGCGCUUUACUCGUGCCUAUAUCAUGAUGUUGUUGGGCACUCAACUAUUUGCUGACAAGUCCGACAACCGCAUUCACAUCAGAUGGCUUCCCUACGUAGCUAGACUUGAGGAGAUGGGUUCCUACAGUUGGGGUCUGUAG